UUUCUUUCCUUUCCUAGCUGGAUGAUCAAUUACAACAACCCAAAAAUUUCUACCCAAAAGAAAAUCAAUCAAACCCAAACCCAAAAAAAAAAAAAAAAUCCACAAAUAUUCAAUUUAAAACUAAUGAGCAGCAGGGACGCCGAUCCACCGCCGAGAUGGGACCACCGUACAACCACCGGAAUCCUCCGUAGCGCCGCUGUUACUUUCUUCUCUCUCCUCCCAACAUUCUUCUUCCUCUCUCUCCUCCUCUUCUCCUUCCGCAUCCUCCUUGAAAAUGGCACCGUUUUCGUCACCUCUGUCAUUGAUCGUGAUCCUUCCAUCAAAUCCCUCCUUUCCCGCAUCAACCUCGCCGCCAACAGCCAUAACCCCUCCGAUUCUAUCUCCUCCUCUUCUUCUUCCUCCGUUCGCCACCGUCGUCACCGUCCAUUCCUCCACCUCACCCGUGUCGGAACCCUAGAUGACGACUUUUUCUCCGGCGACGAUGAUGAUGAUCAUCGAUCCCUGUUCUUCAAUUACAGGAAUUCCAACAUCAAUUCCAGUUCGUACACUCUCCAUGAUUUCAACCCUGGAGUUAGGUUUUCGAGGAUUGAAUUAGACGAAACCAAGUUGAAGAAGAACAACAGUAUUAAUUCGAGUGGCGGAAUUGUGAUCCAGGAGAUGGGUGGGGAGGAGAGAGAAAGUGUUGUGGAUUUGCGGUUCUUUGUUCCGGGAUUGGAAUUGGGCCGCCGUGAUGCAGCAGCCUUGUUCUUUCUUGUGAGUGUGCUUUCAGCUGCUUAUGGUUGGGUUAUUGUGGGGUUUGUUAUUACGUAUUCUUGGGCGCUUGGUAUAGUGUUUGUCUCUGUCGUGAAUGAUUUGUUGGGAAGGUAUGCUUCUUUUUUUGGGACAAUUUGUAAUGGGUCGAAUUUGGGGAUGAAGAAGCUAUCUGGGUUUAUUCUUAUGAGGUGGGCAGUUAGAGAUGCAUUGACUCAGAUUUUGGGGUUAUGGUUUUUCGGUGAAAUUCAUGAUCAGUACUCGUUUUUUAAGCUGUUCUUAAGGUUGAAAUUAAUGCCCUUUUCUGUUAGUUCGCCCUGGGUACCCGGUUAUGAUGAAGAGAUAUCAGGGUUUCUGUUUUCUUGGUUCUUGAUGGACACAAUUGUUUCAUUCGUGUUUGCUGUGGAUUCGUGGGUCACGAUUGCAAAUACAAGGCGAGGGGGCGGUCGUGAAAUCGUGAAAGAAGGAUGUUUUUUGUUAGCAACAAUGAUUCAUCAGUCUAUUCAGUUGAAGUGUUUGGAGUUGAUUAUGUGUGGGGCUUUUAUGAGAUGGGUUUUAGCCCGAAUAUUUGGACGAUCAUUUGCAGUGUUUUUUCAGGCGUUAGUUGAGGUUUAUUUCAUGGUGGCUUGGUUGAUAUUUUACUUUGCAGCGAGGUCUAAAGAUGCUAAUUUAAGUGGGAGAAGGUUUGGGAGGAGGGAAUUGGAGGGGUUGAUUCAGGGCCUUAGAUGAUAUGAAGGGUUAUCAGGUGACUAAAGUUACCUGCUGGCCCCAGUCUCUGUUUGCAUUGGGUUUUUGGUGCUGACCUUCAGGCUCAUUUGUUAAGUGUGGUCCUGUUGUGCAGAUGUGAUACGAUUGGCAUCAUUAGUUGAUUCGGCGCUCAGCAAUGUGCUGUAUGUACUUCAAUCCCACGAGGCAAGAUAUUGCUUGUGUACAUUUGAGAGACACGAUCCAUGUGUAUAUUUCUUGCCAUUCUUUUUUAGCCCUACUUUGAAUCUAUGCAAUGAUGCCAUAUAUAGCAGGGUUUUGCCCGUUGUAUUCAUGCUUAAUUAGUGGUACUUUGGUGAACAAAUUAGGUUAGUCUUUGCAGCUCCUCAAUACGAGAGAGUGUGUAUUAAACUUGAAUAUAUUCAAACAGUGAUCAAAACUUGUUUGCUUGACAA